CCAAGGAAGAAGGAGAAGAAGAAGUAGCUGACUUGAUAUGUCCUGAUGGUGUAAGGAUCAAAGCUACAUAAUGUCCCAGCAUGCUUUGCUCUCUGUGGGUUGUAAGGCAUGGCGGUCACUCACAUGUCCACAGUCAGAGCUUCGGCUGGAUCUCACUCUGGGCUGUGGUCAGACCUUCAGAUGGCGUGAGACUGAAGAUGGUCACUGGACGGGAGUAAUGCGGGGAAAAGUGUGGACGCUUACUCAAACAGAGGAUACGUUAUGGUACUAUGUUUACAAUCAUCAAAAAAAUCCAGGAACAGAAAACAGACAGAAACAAAAAGUGGAAGAGGAGGAGCAGUUAUUGGGGACGAGGUCAAAAAGAAUGAUUGACAUAAAGCAGGAAGAAGUGGGAAUGUGCACAGUUUUGUCAGAACCUGACAACAAAGAGGAGGAACUUCUGAGGGACUAUUUCCAGUUAGAUGUUAAAUUAGGGGAUCUCUACAGGAACUGGAGCACCGCAGAUCCACACUUUAAGCAUACAGCAAACGUCUUCACAGGAGUGCGUUUGUUACGUCAAGAUCCCAGGGAGUGUCUUUUCUCAUUCAUCUGUAGCUCUAAUAAUCACAUCUCACGGAUUCAGGGCAUGGUUGACAGACUGUGUCAGACACUCGGGACUCUCCUCUGCAAGAUUGAUGAUGUGGCCUAUCAUGAUUUUCCCCCUCUGCAAGAACUUACAGACCCUAGUGUGGAGAUGCGUUUGCGAGACUUGGGUUUCGGCUACCGUGCUCGUUUCCUGCAGCAGAGCUCACAAAUCAUUGUGAACUCUCAUGGCCCUGACUGGCUCCAGUCACUCCGAAGCGCCCCCUACCUGCAGGCCAGAGAUGCACUGAGAACUCUUCCUGGAGUUGGUCUCAAAGUGGCUGACUGUGUAUGUCUGAUGUCACUGGACAAGUUUGAGGCUCUUCCUGUGGACACACAUGUGUGGCAGAUCGCCAAACGUGACUACAAUUUUGCUGCCGGUAACAGCCAGAAGACCUUGACUGAUAGAGUCUACAAAGAGAUUGGUGACUUCUUUAGAAAAGUCUGGGGUCCCUAUGCUGGCUGGGCACAGUCUGUACUUUUUUGUGCUGAUCUAAAGAAGUUUCAGAAGCUGAGAGAAGAGGUUCCUGUAAUGAAAGAUGAGAAAACUGAGCUGAAGAACAAGAUGAAAAAGAGAGGAUAUGAGGGAUAUAAAGAAGAACAGAAAAGAGAAAAAGGCAAUAAGCAUCAGAGGUCAUAA